CGCCCUGUCACACAUCCUGAAGAACUGCUACACUGACAGGAUGCAGUUAUGGAGGCGGUUGGGCAAAAGGUUCCAACUAAUACAUGGUGCUUCACUCAAUCCACACCAAGAAGCCAACGCUGGUGUACAGGGCUGUAUUUGUCCAACCUCUCCAUGCACGAGGCUGUGCAGAGGGUCAAGGGUAAAAUACACUGUAUCUAUCUGACUCUUGUUUCCAAUGUAAGCUGCUGAUGCCGGGAGACUAUCUGUGCAUGCAACGGCCAACGACGGCGCGGUUAUAAGAGAACAAGCGUGCCCUGCUCUGCAAAGUCGAUGGUACGAUAUUGACAUUGUUUGAAAUACCGUCGACUCUGAGACAACGCCAUGAUACUCCCCGUGCUGCUGGCUAUCACGCUCCCCCUCCUUGUCGUCUGCCGGGUGGUAUACAAUCUCUGCUUCCACCCGCUCCGUGGCUUUCCUGGUCCCCGAGCAGCCGCUGCCACCAGCUGGUGGAAGGCGUACAAGGAGGUGUGGAAAAAGGAGACGUUGGCCCAAGAGCUGUUUCGGCUGCAUGCGACGUACGGAGAUGUUGUACGGAUUGCGCCCAACGAGCUUCACUUCGGAGACCCAGCCGCCUUCCAUGACAUAUACAAUGCCACCAAGCGCUGGGACAAGGACGAAGGGCUGUACACGACUCCGGGCGUCCGAUCCGGGUCCUUUGUGUUCUUGAAGUACAAGCAAGCCAAGGAGCGCCGAGACGUCCUGCAGCCCAUGUUUUCGAAGAGAGCUAUGGACAAUGUCGAGCCGCUGAUCUGGAAAAAUGCUAGCACUCUCGCGUCUGCAAUCACCAGGAAAAACGCAGCAAAGAAGUCAAUCGACCUCCUCUUUGCCUUCCGGUCGUUCACGCUGGACACCAUCAUGGGGUUCACCUUUGGCAAUUGCUUGCACGCCCUCGCCGCGCCUGAUUUCCGGGACCCGCUGAUUCUCGCCAUGGACUCCAGUCUCAGCGCCAUUCCCCUCCUGCGAAACUUCCCCCUGCUCCGGAAGAUGGUGUUCUCCAUCCCUCCGCACCUGGUGACGCAUUUCCUGCCUGACUCCAAGGCGCUUGGCCCGCGGAUCUACCAGGUACGGACCAUGAUCCAGUCGGAGCUCGCAAAGGUGCUACGCGACCCGCGGAAACUCGACGAGGCGCCGCACCAGACCAUCUUCCACCGCAUGCUGAACGCAGACUCGUACAAGAACAACACGGUGCCCGACUAUGCACAGCUCCAGGACGAGGGACUCACCAUCAUUUUCGCCGGCGCGAACACGGUGGCGACGGCGCUGGUGAUGGGACACUGGAAUCUGCUCAACCACGCCGAGGAUCUCGCACGGCUGAAGCGCGAGCUGCACGGCGCAUGGCCGGACAUCGAGAAGCCGCCGACGCUGAAGGAGCUGGAGGCGCUGCCUGUGCUGACUGCAACGAUCAAAGAGACGCUGCGGCACAUGCCGUCCGGCGUUUCACUGACGCGUACUGUUCCUCCGGGCGGGGCCAUGAUAUCCGGCCGGCACAUCCCACCGGGCACUACUGUUGGCAUGAUCAUUCUGCAUGUGCACCAGAGCGAGAAGAUCUUCAAGGAUGCCUUGGACUUCAAGCCGCAGCGGUGGCUUGAGGAGGGAGCCGGCGAGCUGGAACAGUGGCUUGUACCGUUCAGCCGCGGCCCACGCAUGUGCUUCGGGCGCAACCUGGCGUGGGCGGAAAUGUACAUUGCCCUAGCGACUAUGGUGCGCAAGUUCGACAUGACGCUGGACGGGAUGACGCCGGAAGACAUGGAGUGGAGGGAGUGCAUCGAGGCGUACUUUCCACGGAGGCAUCUCCAUGCGUGGUGCGAGCCGGUCGUUUGAGGAGAGAUAUAUAUAUACGUACUUGAUUUUCUGGACAGCUCGAAGGCCUUCCCUUUCCAUUUCAGUGCUCACCCCUCGCCGCUUUUCGCUCACUGCGUAGACCUGAACAUGCCCUGAGCACGCCCUGAACAGCCUGAGCCGAUCACUGAGUAGAGACUGAGCAGAAGGUGAUUAGCCUAAGGUAGCAUCAAUAAAACGCACCGCGCUAGUUUCACCUGUG